AUGCCUGCUGCCAGGCCCGCUGCGCGAGCAGGUCGUGCGCGACUUCAAGCAGGCCUCCCGAGAUCUGGGCGGCGUGUUGGCCGCGCUGGGGGACGAGCUGAGCGCCUUGAGAGCCAAGCUGAGUCGGGCAGUGCGCAGGAGGCCGCUGGCGCCCGUGGCCGCCCUGAGCGACCCCGCCCCGGAGGCCCCCGGCUGGCUCCAGCGGGCGCUGCUGGAGGCCCGUCGGGCGCGCGAGGAGCUGCAGGGCGGCCUCGACGCGGCCACGGCCCGGGCGAGCGGGCGGCCAGCCUCGCGAGCGCCGCCGGCGCGGGCAUGAGCGCGAAGAGCUCGGCGGCCGAGGUGUCAGGGCAGAGCUCGGUGCAGCAGGUGGAGGUCUUCAUGGCGCUUGUCGAGCAGCAGUGGUCCCAGAAGGAGCGAACGUUGCUGCAGGAGCUGUGCGCCAAUUUGCGGCAGCCGAAAGGUGCACUGAGCAUCCAUUACGGACAGACAGGAGGCAUGGGCGAAGCUCCUGUGGAAGCAGAAGCGCUAACGCUCAGGACGCUCGCAGAGGUGUGCUCUUGUGCACAGGAGAAGUACGGCAGCAAGCCGCUGAACGCAGAGCUUCAGGUGCACCUGUUGUCGAUCUGCUGCUGGGUGGUGUACACCAUGCAGGACGUCGACAUCGACAGGCUGUUCGGCUUCCCCGACUGUCCAGUCCUCCCCCCCGGCAUGGAGGAACCUGCGCUGCGGGACGCCGUGUACAACGAGUACCGUGCCCGCAUCAAAGGCGGCCGGUGCCCGCAGAUGUUCUCCGCGGCCAACUGGGCGGCCCGCGUCUGUUUCGACAAGGGCGGAGACGUCAGCACGGAGGCUGGCAGGGACGCGCUCGCAGGAGUGCAGACGUGGGUCAAGUGGCUGUGCUUUCUCGGAGCCUCGGCCAGGGAUCUCGAGGAGCCAGUCACGGUCACCAGGGGCCUGUGCGGGCUCCCCGAGCAGCUGGUGGACGAUUUCCGGUGCACGCGGGCGGGGGACUGCAUCUUCUGGGCGGCCCCGUCCAGCACCACGGACGACGCCAGGAUCUCUGACAGCUACUGCAACCAGCAGGAGCCGAAGGAGCGCAACGUGCUCUUCACCAUCUCUGGCGUGACGCGGGCCUUUCCCAUGUUCGAGCUGAGCCAGUAUCCUGAUGAGCGCGAGUGGCUCCUGCCACCGUUCUGCAAUCUCCGGGUGGAUCGGGUGGUCGAUGGCGCCCCUGUGCAGGUCGAGUGCACGUUCGUGGGCUGCAUGAUGUCAGGCCCCCUGUGCGAGAAGGUCGUGCGCGACUUCAAGCAGGCUUCCCGGGACCUGGGCAGAGUGCUGUCCACCAUGGAGGAGGAGCUCAGCGCCCAGAAGAAGCAGCUCGAGCAAACGAGGCGCAGGGGCCUCGUCUGCACGCGGGCGGUCUUCCGCGCAGGCCUCCUCCUCCUGGCGCGGCGCCCCCCCGGGGGCGGCGCCUCGCCCCUGGAGCACCUCCUGCGCGACUUCCGCGCCCGCGCGCGGCCGCCACCGCGCGGGGCGCCCCCGCGGCCCUCGGCGCUGCCGCAGGCAGCGGCCACGGCUCGGGCCGGGGGCGUGGCGGCGAGCCUGGAGAGCGCCGUGGGCGCGAGCCUGGGCGCCAAGAGCUCCGCGGCCGAGGUGUCGGGCGGUUGCUCGCGGCAGCAGGUGGACAGCUUCAUGGAGCUCGUCCAGCGGCAGUGGGAGCAGAAGGAUCUCACCCUGCUGCAGGAGCUGUGCGGCAGCCUGCGGCAGCCGAAGGCCGCGCGGGGCAUGCUGGGCAGGCAGGCCGACAGCACGGGCGCAGCUCCUGUGGAAGCGGAGGCGGUGACGCCAAGGACGCUCGCAGAGGUGUGCAGCUGCGUGCGGGAGAGGUACGCUCGCAAGCCGCUCAACGAGCAGUUGCAGGGGCACCUGCUGUCGACAUGCUGCUGGGCCCUGUGCACCAUGCAGGACGGAGACAUCGACAGGCUGUUCGGCUUCCUGGACUGCCCGACCCUACCCCCUGGCAUGAAGGAGCCCGCGCUGCGGGAUGCCGCAUACAACGAGUACCGCGCCCGCUGCAAAGGGGACCGGUGCCCGCACAUGUUUUCCGUGGCUAACUGGGCGGCCCGCGUUUGUUUCGACAAGGGCGGGGACGUCAGCACGGAGGCUGGCAGGGACGCGCUGGCUGGAUUGCAGAAGUGGAUCAAGUGGCUUUGUUUUCUUGGAGCCUCGGCCAGGGACCUCGAGGAGCCAGUCACGGUCACCAGGGGCCUGUGCGGACUCCCCGAGCAGCUGGUGGACGAUCUCCGGCGCAAGCAGGCGGGGGACUGCAUCUUCUGGGCGGCCCCCUCCAGCACCACGGACGACGUCAGAAUCUCAGACGACUACUGCAGCCAGCAGACGCCGAGGGAGCGCAACGUGCUCUUCACCAUCUCCGGCGUGACGCAGGCCUUUCCCAUGUUCGAGCUGAGCCAGUAUCCCCAGGAGCGCGAGUGGCUUCUGCCACCCUUCUGCGAGCUCUGGGUGAACCGCGUCUUCGACGGCGCACCGCUGCGCGUCGAGUGCACGUUCGUGGGGUGCAUGCUGCCCGCGGCGCUGCGCGAGCGGGCGGUGCGCGACCUCGAGAAGGCCUCCCAGGACCUGUGCGCGGCGCUGGACACGGAGGAGGAGGAGGAGCUCAGCGCCCUCGGGCGGCGCCUGGCAGAGGCCCGGCGGCGCUCGGUGCAGGAGGCUCCGCCCCUGCCGGUGCGGCGCGCUCAGCCCCGGCCGCUGCACGCGCGGGACCUCGUCGGCGGGCCCCCGGCGGCGGGGCAGGGCGCGGCGGAGGGCGCCCGGGAGCGGCCGGAGGAGCUGGCGCGCACCUGGCGCCCGGCGAGCCAGGAAGACCAGCACCAGGGCGAGCCGGAGUUGGAUGAGGACCUGGAGAGCGAGCCGGAGGCCGAGGAGCCGAUGGAGGUGCGGCUGUCGGCCAGCGGCCCGCCCAUGCACGUCUACCGGCCGACGUCUGCCUCGCGGGUCCGCCACUCGCGCCGCUCGGGCAGCUGA